CUCGUGCCCCUCCCCGUCUCCCCUUCCUCCCCCCACUUGUAAGGUCUUCACGCCUGCCGCUGCAGUCCACGCCAAACCCUAGCCGUCAUCGCCAUGGCCGACCCCGCCGCCGCCACUACAGAGGUCGGGGCACUCGCUUCGCCUCCCCCGCCGGCCGUCGAGGAGGACGAUGCGCCGGAGGAGGAGGAGGCCGUCCCGGAGGUGAAGAGGUGGCCCGGGUGGCCAGGGGACAGCGUGUUCCGGAUGGUGGUACCGGUGCUGAAGGUCGGCAGCAUCAUCGGGAGGAAGGGAGAGCUCAUCAAGCGCCUCGUCGAGGAGACCAAGGCCAGGGUCCGCGUCCUCGACGGCCCCGUCGGCGCCACCGAGCGCGUUGUUUUGGUGUCUGGAAAAGAAGAACCAGGCUUGGACCUGCCUCCAGCUAUGGAUGCUCUGAUUAGAGUUUUUAAACGUGUUAAUGGAAUAACCGAUGUAGCUGCUGACAGUACUACCCAGACAGCUGCUCCACCUGGUGUAUGUGCUGCGCGAUUGUUGGUUCCUGGAGCUCAAGCAAUUAACCUCAUUGGGAAGCAAGGUGCUUCAAUUAAGGCAAUCCAGGAGGGCACGGGUGCUACAAUACGGGUUAUAUCAAUAGAUGAGCGAGAGCGGCCUUUCUAUGUAACUGACGAUGAAAGGAUAGUUGAGAUACAGGGUGAAACAGAGAAAGUUCUAAAAGCACUGCAAGCAGUUUCUAAUCAUCUCCGGAAGUUUUUGGUUGACCAUAGUGUACUUCCAUUGUUUGAAAAAACUAAUGCCCCAGUAAGUCAGGACCGCAGUGCUGAUACUUGGGCUGACAUGCCACAUCAUUCAAUUGUUUCUACACAAGUAAACCAACAACCUGAAGUGCGUGAUGAAUAUAUACUUCCAAUGAAGAGGGAGCAUCUUUAUCUUGAACGGGAACCUCUGGUAGAUCAUAACAUUCAUCGCUCAGGUGUGUCACUUUAUGGGCGGGAUCCUGCCUUGUCAGCAUUGCGACCUUCUGGAAUGCAUAGUGUUGGCCCUCUCCUUACACAGAUAACUCAAACCAUGCAGAUCCCACUUACCUACGCGGAAGAUAUCAUCGGAGUGAAAGGAGCAAACAUUGCAUACAUACGAGCUAAUAGUGGUGCUGUUGUCACAAUUCAAGAGAGUUUGGGAAGCCCUGAUGAUAUAACUGUUGAAAUAAAGGGGACAUCAUCCCAGGUACAAGCCGCCCAACAGCUCAUCCAGGACUCCUUGGCUGCACACAGAGAACCUGUGAGGAGCAGCUAUGCAGGAUUAGAUCCGGUGUAUAGGUCGAGCUACUCGCAGUAUAGCAGCUCGGCUUAUCCCUCAUCAUCGCUGCCAUCUUAUUCUAGCAUGGACGGGAGCGGAUAUUCCUCAUCAGGUCUUGGUGGUUAUGGCUCCACUUAUCGGUACUAGCUGGCAUGGUUCCAAAAAGCAGUAAGCGUUAAGCGGUAGGUGAGGCCCCGAUUAGAGGAACUCAUGCUUAAGCGUGAUUAAGCGUGUUUGUACGGACAUUGUACGGACAGCUCAAAAUGAAUAUUUUCUGGCACAUAUAAUCCUAAAUUCUAUAUGUUUUUCUAUCAUAAAUCCUAAGCAUGUAAUCUAGGAAGAAAUAAUGUCGAUCGAUACCUUGAUA